AGCAGAACAGGAGCGCCACGCUCAGUUCUCCUUCAGAUCAGAACCUCCUGCAUCCCUCAGAACCAUGGACACGUGGACAUCCAACUACGACCAAGCCCUGAUGUUCCACCCCUCCCCGAAGCACGAGUCCGACGAGGACGAGCACGUCCGGGCCCCCGGGGGCCUCCACGAGGCCGGGAGCUGCCUUCAGUGGGCCUGCAAGGCCUGCAAGCGCAAGUCGAGCAGCGUGGACAGACGGCAGGCGGCCACCAUGCGCGAGAGACGGAGGCUGAAGAAGGUGAACCACGCCUUCGAGACGCUCCGCCGCUGCACGUCCACCAACCCCAGCCAGAGGCUCCCGAAGGUGGACAUCCUGAGGAACGCCAUCCACUACAUCGAGAGUCUGCAGGAGCUCCUGAGAGAGCAGGUGGAGAGUUACUACAGCCGCGAGAGCAGCCGCAAGAGCAGCUCCGGAGCGUCCAGCCCCUCGUCCACCUGCUCCGACAGCAUGACGGACUGCAGCAGCCCCGUCUGGUCUCAGAUGAAUUUCAACCCCGGCAGCUCCUACACGUAUGAAGUUCAGAACGUCUCUGGGAUGGACAGGGGCGCCGGAUCGUCCAGCCUGCAGUGUUUAUCCAGCAUCGUGGACCGACUGUCCUGCCGAAACGUGGAGGAUCUCUCGCCCGCUCACAGCGACUCGCCGUGCAGCAAUCCGGAGAGUCCGGACACGCCCGUCUACCACGUCCUGUAA